CAUGGCUGUGAACCAUUCCAACUUUAGGACGACGUUCAGUCGCUUACACAUUGUUGAAUUAUGAGGAAUGUGGAGCGAGGGGCGAGCAUUGCCACCUUGUAUUUAUCCCUAUGGAUGGCCACAUCCCAUGGCAAAACUGUAAGGAGUUUUGAAAUUCGUUUCUCGGAAACAUGCAAAGGGUUCCAAAUCAUGGAGGACACAAACAUCAAAUGCAUUUUAUGCUCCACCAUGUGCCUUGCUCAGUUGAAAUUAGAAGAGAGGUUUCAUCCCGAAAGUCAUGGGGUCUUGGUCCACAGUAACGAGACGCAGUGCGCCCAAAUUAGAAUGAAAACAGACCACGUCUUUUGCUUUGAAGCUGAUUUUGUGGAUGAAGAGACAAUGACCCUGGUGGACACCGACCUCAACAAACCAAUUUACAUCGGGAACGAGCCGUACGUCACAUUGUAUUUGGAACAAACACUGAAAUUUGCUCCUAUGAAUCACACUCCAAAUCCUUUGCCAGAAUUUGUUGCUCCUAAGACACCAAUCCCAUUUGACCAUUACAAUCUCCUGACAAUUUUCAACCGUGGAUUUAUUAUAUGCACAAGAGAAGUAACUUUGUGCUACAAUUGGCCUUUCCGCAAGGACGAGUGGGAUUCACUGCCACCAUCAACUGAAGGCCAUGAAACGGGCGGCAUUGGUAUCUUGGGAAACCAGUUAAUCAUAAUUGGAGGUAUAACCGUAGAUGGCAAAAAAACGGACAUUUGCGAGCGUUUCGACCCUCCAACUAAUUCCUGGGUUAUUGCGCCUUCACUGCCCCAGGCGAUGAGUCAUUUAACCCUGGUUCAAGUCAGCUCCAACACAAUUAUCUUGGUGGGAGGGUUCAGUACCACAUUUGUGAAAGAAACCUAUCUGCUGUCCAAGGGAGAUGCUCAAUGGACCCAACUGGAGGAUAGGCCAGAACCUGUGUACCAUUCUACUUGCGGGGUGGUGGUUCUGGGCGAUGGUAGAAGAGGGGUUCUAUCUAUUGGAGGGGAUAAUGGAUCGUUUUCAUCAAAAGCUUACUUUUUCGACUUUGUAUUGAUGACUUGGUCGCACUUGCCAUCCUUCACUUUACCCGUUCCUUCAUUGAAAGGCAUUCUUAUUCAAAGAGACGCCGAACUUUACUUUAUGCCCUCUUUUGAGUCAAACUUCACAAAUAGAGUACUUACACUUUAUGUGCGGAAAACAAAUGGAUUAAAUCAAACAUGGGAAAGUAGACCUUAUCCAUUCGGAAACUUUGGUGCUUUAAAUGUGGGAAAUCCAUUGAUCCCAACAAUAUAUACCAUGUCAAGCAAUUAAUGCACUUUUAGCUGAGUUUCAGUGAAAUCGACUUUCGCAAACGAAAAACAUAACUCUCUCGAAAUCUCCCAUAUUUUUUGAUGGAACGAAAUUACGAAUAAGGCAACAAAGUGAACAUUAUUGAAAAUGUUCGUAGCUCAUACAUAUUUGCCCAUUCAUUUUUGAUUAUUUAGAGAGCGGAAUGAUUUUUUAAACUAUAGCGUAUCUAAAAAAAUCGCGCAUUUUUUUGCAUUUUUCGUCUGAUUCAAAAGGCAAAACAUUCUGCACCUCAUUCAUUUGGGUUUUAGUGCUAAAGAAAGUUAUUAUGUUAUGUGGUAUGAAUAUAACAGAUGCUUUUUAGAAUAUAAGAUAUUCA